CCACGGGCUCUGAGCGGGUGAGGCGCGCGGAAACACCGGCGACGGGAUUCGGAUGGGGGCGGGUGGGGGACGCCGCAGCUGGGGCCAUUUGAGGGGAGCCCAUGGGGCCUGAAGGGCAUCUGUCAGGCGCCCCUGCCCGGAUGGCAACAGUAGUUCUAGGGGGAGACACCAUGGGCCCUGAGCGUAUCUUCCCCAAUCAGACUGAGGAACUGGGACCACAUCAGGGCCCUUCAGAAGGCACUGGGGAUUGGAGCAGUGAGGAGCCUGAGGAAGAGCAGGAAGAAACGGGGUCGGGCCCAGCUGGCUACUCCUACCAGCCCCUGAACCAAGAUCCUGAACAAGAGGAGGUGGAACUGGCACCAGUGGGGGAUGGAGAUGUAGUUGCUGACAUCCAGGAUCGAAUCCAGGCCCUGGGGCUUCAUUUGCCAGACCCACCAUUAGAGAGUGAAGAUGAAGAUGAGGGAGCUACAGCGUUGAACAACCACAGCUCUAUUCCCAUGGACCCAGAACAUGUAGAGCUGGUGAAAAGGACGAUGGCUGGAGUAAGCCUGCCUGCGCCAGGGGUUCCUGCCUGGGCUCGGGAGAUAUCGGAUGCCCAGUGGGAAGAUGUGGUACAGAAAGCCCUCCAAGCCCGGCAGGCAUCCCCUGCUUGGAAGUGACCACAGUGAGAGCUGCCUUAUCUUCCUACAUUCCAGGCCAGAACCAGCACAGGACUGAACACAUCCCUGGUUGUAACGUCCAUUUCCAUCUUCCCCAUCUCCCUUUCCACAUCAAGGCACAUCAGACUUCUCAGAGACCCACUUUAUUCAGUUCUGUACAUAUGGGGACAUCGGCCCAAGCCCAACCCACCUUAGCAUGUAUCACUCUGUGGAGAAUAAAGCACCCUAUGUACACAGCCAAAAGCCGCACUGCCUGCGCCCCUGGAACCUGGGUCCAGCCCUCCUCAGCCCCUGGCCCCUCCAAGGUACCUACAAGGGACAAGAGAAGGCCUGCCCAGCAUAGCACAAACAAGGAAAUAAAUAGGUGUUGGCAGGAGCCAUGCUUGGGGCACCGCUCCCUGCUUCCUUCUUUAUAGUUUUGGGAACCAACAGCACAGAAAAGCAGUCAGCCCCAGGUGGUCCCUUCCAUGUCUGUGACCCCAGGGCUGCUGCUCACCAAAGACAGGGCAUGGGAUAGGGUGUUUGUUCAUCCCUCCCCGGCCACACUUGGUCCAUCUGGGCCCUAUAUUCAUCAGUUAUUGUCCACAGCCUAUGCUUUUCUCCUUUUGACCUCCCUUGGUCAGGCAUGGGGUAAGAAAAAAUAGUACAACCCUAUCUGCCAGCACAUGGCUGCGGCUGGGGGGCCUGUUUGUGCUGCAGGGGGUUGGCUUCCCUCCAGCUACUCCAGGGGCCAAUGGGGCUUGACAUAACUUUGGUGAGAAUAAUCUCUGCUGUUCCCUACAUGCCUCUGCAGGGGAGAGAGAGGAGGGGAGACACCUGGCGUUCAAAUGAGGAUGAAGGGAAGAAUAGAGGAGCAUAUGUAUUCCUGUGUGUACUUCUCAGAGCAGCCUCAGGUAGCUGUGGGUGAGGAGCAGGUAGGGGACAGGCAUCCCCAGGUUGUCUGAGCCCUAAGCAUCUUAGUGCUCAGCCUGUACUAGCCACAGGGAGGCAUGAACACCUUUUGGGGAGAAGAGGGACCACUCUGUGGGUGUCCCUGCUUCAAGUGCCCGCAUCCCCCUCCCUGGAGUAGCUAGAGAGGCGC